CAGCCUGAGGGUUCUCCUUUCCAUGAAAGGAAGGACUCUGAUUGGUUGAUUUUCUUACACGUUAUGCAAAAGCCUGUGCUCUCGGCUCUUGCCCUAUAAUACAGUCAGUACGUAGCUUCCACUGCUGCAGAUAAAGAGAAAGCUCUCUGAAGCGAGCGAUCAGUUCUGAACGCUUGAAGACGCGGAUACGUGAAUACGAUUGGAAGACAAAGAGAGGUGCAUAGUUCUUGGUUGUUUCAUUAAUAUCGACUGGCCGCCAUUUUUAUUCUUAAUGAUCAGAAAAACAAGGAACGAAAACUUUUCGCGAGAGGAGAAGGAAUUCGUCGUUCGAUUUGUGAACGAGCAUCUGAAAAUCUUGGAGAACAAGAGCAACACUUCGGAAGUGUACUUGAAAAAGCGCGACAAAUGGCGGGAGUUAACAGAGAAACUGGAGGCAUUCGGGGUCGUAAGAGACUGGAAGGAAGUGCGACAUGCAUAUCAAAGAUGGAAGUGGUUUGCCAGAAGGAACAUCACUGCUUUACAAAAAUGGGGCGACAAUAUACCAACGAGUAUGUCACCAACGGAAUUUGAUUAUAUGAUAUAUAAUGUAUCCUCUCAAAAAUUUGAGGAUGAUGAGAGUAAUUUUUCGAACGAAUUCGAAAAUAAUCAUGUUACGAACGAGUAUGAUGAAUUAUCCAAUGUAUCACCUUCUUUUGAUACAAACAGUGGCUCUUAUGUUUCUCACCCACUUCAAUUCACUGAGAAACCUAUAGAAUAUACAAAUGAAAUAUUAGAUAAUUUGAAGAUAAAAAUGGAACAGACUGAUGAAGAUUUACCAAAGACAUGCGAGAAAACAAGAAUUGACAACACUGGUGUGCAAAGUACAAGUGUCCCGGCAAAUUCGACAAAUGUUACGAAUGUAUCCAGAAAAUCAUCUUUCGAUGUUGCCGAAUUCGUGCCGAAUAAGAACCAGAAAAUCUCUUCUAACAAUGAUCAAAAAGCUAACAAUGGAACAUCUAAUAACGUUAAUAGUAAUAUUGAAUAUAAAAGGCGAGAAAACUUAUUAAAAUUGAAACUUCUUCGCACUCAGCUUAAUAGAGAAAUUAGAGAAGAAGAGGAGAGCAAAAUCAGAAUGGAACAAGAAAAAAUCAAGCUAAAUAUAUUAAAGUUACAAUUAAAAAGAGAACGAAUACUUCUGAAAAAUAUGCAAAGUUCUUCCUAACAUGAAAGGCGUAUAAAAUAAUAAAUGUACAAA